AGUCCUCAUACAUAUAGACUCCAUCAGAGACACCACUGACCUGAGAGCACACAGCCAGAGGGAGACAGACAGUGAAUAUGGCCAGUAAGAAAGCUGCAGCAAAAAGGGGCAAAACUGCUCAAAGGGGCUCUUCUAAUGUCUUCUCCAUGUUUGAGCAGUCACAAAUUCAGGAGUUCAAAGAGGCAUUUGGCUGCAUCGAUCAAAACAGGGAUGGAGUUAUUAACAAAUCUGACCUGAAGGAAACCUAUGGACAAUUAGGGAAGCUGAAUGUAAGUGAUGAGGAGCUGGAGUCUAUGUUAGCAGAGGGAAAGGGACCCAUUAACUUUACUGUCUUUCUCACUCUUUUUGGAGAAAAACUCAAUGGCACAGACCCGGAGGAAACCAUCCUUGCUGCUUUUAAACUGUUUGACCCAAAUGGUACAGGUGUUGUCAAUAAGGAUGAGUUCAAGAGGCUGUUAAUGAACCAGGCUGAUAAAUUUACAGCAGAAGAGGUCGACCAGGCUUUUUCAGUGGCUCCAAUAGACGUGGCUGGGAAUAUUGACUAUAAAUCAUUGUGUUACAUUAUUACGCAUGGCGAUGAAAAAGAGGAAGCUUGAAUACCAAACAAAUCAUUUAUUUCAUUUUAACCUAAUCAUCAUCACUUCUAUCUGCACAC